AAAACUUGUAGAAGAGCCAGGCUCUGAAUUAUAUAAAGUUUUUUCCCCCUAUUCGUUAAACAGGAGGAUAAAAGAAUACCACACUUUGUAAGGAUGUCAAAUGCUCAGUCAUUGGAUAUCCCUGAAGUUCUUAAAGAAGAUGACAGACCGAAGUGGGAUAAUAAAUUGCAGUAUAUUUUAAGCUGUGUUGGAUUUGCAGUAGGCUUGGGAAAUGUUUGGAGAUUUCCAUACUUGUGUCAAAUAUAUGGAGGAGGAGAAGAUCUCCUGAGAUGGGGUGUCAACUGGAAUGGUAAAGAAAGCGUCUUUCAGAUUGAGCACCGAAAAAUAGGGGCAUUCUUGAUCCCAUAUGUCAUAGCACUUGUCUUUGAAGGAAUCCCAUUGUUUCAUCUUGAACUAGCCAUGGGACAGCGCUUGAGAAAAGGCAGCAUUGGUGUCUGGAAUACCAUCUCACCUUACUUUGGAGGAGUUGGUAUUGGUUCAUUGAUGGUGUCAUUCAUUGUGAGCUUAUAUUAUAACACCAUUUUAACCUGGGUGAUGUGGUAUUUCAUUAACUCCUUCCAAGAGCCCCUUCCUUGGAGUGCUUGCCCACUAAAUGGGAACAGAACAGGACACAUUGAAGAAUGCCAUGAAAGUACUGCAGUAAAUUAUUUCUGGUACAGGAGAACUUUAAACAUAAGCUCUGAUAUCACUGACAGUGGCAACUUACAAUGGUGGUUAGUUUUGUGCUUGGCCAUUUGCUGGACAAUUGUGUACAUUUGUACCAUUCGAGGAAUUGAAUCCACAGGAAAGGCUAUUUAUGUAACAGCCAUAUUUCCUUAUCUGGUCCUAACUAUAUUCCUUAUUCGUGGACUCACCCUACCAGGAGCCACUGAAGGUUUAGUUUACCUCUUCACUCCUAAUCUGAACAUUCUCAAAAAUCCCCGUGUAUGGCUUGAUGCAGCCACCCAGAUAUUUUUCUCUCUCUCCUUGGCUUUUGGAGGACUCAUAGCAUUCUCAAGCUACAACUCACCAAAAAAUGACUGUGAGAAGGAUGCUGUGACAAUAGCAAUUGUAAAUAGUAUGACAUCACUGUAUGCCUCCAUCCCAAUUUUUUCUAUUUUGGGAUUUAAGGCAACCACUGGUUAUUGGGACUGCCUGGACAGGAACAUUAUCAGUAUCCUCAAUGAAUUUGAUCUUCCGGACCAAAGCAUCACAAGAGACAACUAUACAAUCUGGUUUGGAUUCCUGAAUACAACCCAUCCAAAAAAAAUCACUAGUCUCAAAUUGAGAAGUUGUGACCUUCAAGAAUUUCUUGACCAGAGUGCAUCUGGAACUGGCCUUGCCUUUCUUGUUUUCACUGAAGCAAUUAUUCUGAUGCCUGGCUCACAGGGCUGGGCUGUCCUGUUUUUUGUAAUGCUGUUCAGCUUGGGUCUUUCCUCUAUGUUUGGAAACAUUGAGGGAAUUUUGACUCCUCUCUUGGAGCUUCCUGUUGUAUCUAAAUCUGUACCCAAGGAGGUUCUAUCAGGUGUAAUAUGCCUGGUCUCCUUCGUGACAGCUCUGUGUUUUACCCUGAGGUCUGGAAGUUACUGGCUUGAAAUUUUUGACAGUUAUGCCGGUUCCUUGCCUUUGCUAAUCAUCGCUUUCUUUGAAGUGACUGGUGUUGUCUAUGUUUAUGGAAUUAAAAGGUUCAGUGAUGAUGUGAAAUGGAUGACAGGACGACAACCAAACUUCUACUGGCAGGUGUCGUGGAGAAUUAUUAGCCCUCUGCUAAUGCUUACAGUCUUUAUUGCCUUUGUUACCCUUCAGACCCAGAAUCAACCAAGCUAUGGAGCCUGGAAUCCUAAAUAUAAAGAUUUUCCCAUGAAGGAGGAGAAAGACUAUCCAGCUUGGAUACUGGCCAUCUGUGUCCUGUUGGUAGUCCUCCCUUGUAUAUUCAUACCUAUGGUAGCAUUCUAUCAUCUGAUGAAAAGAAUGCUAGGAAGGAGAAAGAAGGAAGGAACCUAACCCUGU